GCUCGUGUCAGAUUCACCGGGUCGCCGGGUGACAGACGCCGCGUCGGUACCCGAUGCCGGCGGCUUUCUGUCUGCACCCGUUUGGCGUCCACGGUCCACUUUAAAUCCCCCCCGCAGCGGCUCUGCUCGGCGUGCACACGGCGACCUGAGCGUCAGACGUGUGCGCGAUGGGAGCUGCUCGUCCCCUUCGCGUGGCGCACGGGUUUAGCGCAGCUGUCCCUUUCUCGUCGGCCGUGCAGCCUCCACGUGCAUCAUUAACUAUCAUGGACAGUUAAGGAGGACGGAAGCUUAACGAAAGCCCGGAGCGUCCCUCCUUGCUCGACCAGCAAAGUUGCCAUCGCCAUGGCCGAAGAAGACUAUGGCACCUUUGUGGACUGGAGCCAGAUGGGGGACCUGGCCCAGAGCAGCGGGCCCACCAAGGUCGACUGCAAGGACCUGAAGGCGUUCAAGCAGAUGGCUCGGCAGGGUUACUGGGCCAAGAACCACAGGCUGCGAGCGCAAGUCUACCAGCAGCUCAUCAAGGCCCUUCCCUGUCGUACGGUCACCCCGGAUGCAGAGGUGUAUCGCGACCUCGUGGGAAACGCGGCCGCCAAGAAGCCCUCCUCCCACAUCCCGCUUCCGGAGUUUGUGGACGGAAGUCCUCUGCCGCGGUACUGCCUGAAGGCGGAGGCGGUCGCCUCGGCUCAUCGGGUCAUCAACUGCGUGGCCGGACAGUUCCCGGACAUCUCCCACUGCCCGUCCCUCCCGGCCGUCACCUCGCUGCUCCUGCACUUCAGCGCCGACGAGGCCCAGUGUUUCGAGCUGGUGAGCCGCAUGCUGUCCUGCAACGAGCCCGGCAAACGCCUGCUGGACCAGACCUUCCAGGCCCACGAGUCCAGCUGCAUGACCUUCGGGGACCUGGCCAACAAGUACUGCACCGCUGCCCACAAGAUGAUCGUGGCCACCGCCCAGGACGUGCUGGACGUGUACUCCGACUGGCAGCGCUGGGUGCUGGGCGACCUGCCCUUCGGCCACAUGGUCCGGGUCCUCGACAUCUACCUGGUGGAGGGCUACAAAGUCCUCUUCCGCGUGGCCAUCGCCUUGCUCAAGUUCUAUCGCAAGCAUAACGCGGAGGCCCAGGGCGCCGCCGAGCCGGAUUCCAACAAAGUCCGGGACGACAUUCAAGCUUUCAUCAAGGGCAUUGGCUCCACCGUCACACCGGAGAAGCUGCUGGAGAAGGCCUUCUCCAUCCGCAUGCUCAGCCGCAAGGAGAUCACCCUGCUGCAGCUCACCAACGAGAAGUCCCUGCAGCAGAAAGGCAUCACCGUCAAACAGAAGCGGCGGAACGUGCAGCUGGCGCUCAACCCCGACACCUUCUCCUCUGAGAUCGUCAGUGCCAAGGAGAUGCGGGACAUCUGGUCGUGGAUCCCUGAGCGCUUUGCCCUGUGCCAACCACAACUCCUCUUCACCACCUCCACCCACGGUUGCAGCCUGAACAGAUUCUACUCUCAUUGCGAAGGCUACGAGCCCACUCUGCUCCUCAUCCGGACCACAGAUGGCGACGUAUGUGGAGCCUUCCUGUCCACGGAUUGGGAGGAGCGGAAGAGGGGAGGCAACAAAUUGAGCUUCUUUGGCACAGGGGAGUGCUUUGUCUUCAGGCUGAAGCCAGAGAUGGAGCGCUACGAGUGGGUGGUGAUCCGCCACCCUGAGUUGGCCUCGUCCAACAAGACUCCUGACCCUGAAGACGAGGCCGCGGACCCCCCCGGGGGGCAACAGCCAGACAGCAACGGCUUACAGCAGCCGGAGAGACCUGCUGGGGACCUGUCGCCCUUCCUCUCCGCCCGCCACUUCAACCUGAACUCCAAGAACACUUCCAUGUUCAUGGCCGGCAACUUUGACUCCAUCAUAGUGGGAGGAGGCGACGGCAACGCGCUCUACAUCGACUCUGAGCUCAACCACGGGCGCGCCGGCCGCUGCGCCACCUUCGACAACCCGCCGCUGUGUGCCGAGAGCUUCCAGGUCGCACUGCUAGAAGUGUGGGGCUUCCAGGACGCCAUGGCGCCAUAGGGCCGUGCACAUGAACGCACAUUACAGUCCAUACAGGCAUAGACUCACAUUGUAACACAGAAAACGAUGAUAUGAAAUGUCCCGCAAACACUUAGAGGUGGAAAACCGAAGUCCGUCCUAAACGUUCCUGUGUGAUGGACCAUUUUUUAUUUAUUAAUGCAGUUAAAAUCAGAUUCAACAUGGGAACAAAAAUGUGGUGUUUUGUUUGUUUUUUCUGCUUUGUUUGUCAUUACAGAUUUGUAUUCUGGUGUCUAUGUUUAAGUGUGCAGUAAUAAGAAGGAAGUCAACCAGAGCUCAAGCCAACAUGAGGAUUAUUUAAAGCUCUCUGGUCCAAUCGUGUUCAUGCGGAGCUGAAAUGUUUUGUGUGCUGUUGUUUAGCUCAAUUUUGCCAAAUUUAUUGUAUAGUUGUUAAAAAAUAUAUAUUACCAGGCCAUAAUGAUCAGGAUAAAAUGUGUGUAUUUGGAAUGUUGUUCGAUGUUGAAACUAAGAUGAACUCAGUGCCGUCCGGGUUUGAUUGGCUGUACAUACACGGGAGACUGCUGAUAAAUCAAUGUGGUAAAUGUUUGUGGAUAUCAUGAAUUUGAGUGUUGCUAUUUUGCACCAGAAGUCGACGCUUUCCUUUUGAACGAGCGGCACAUUUAAAAGUAUACGAGUUUUCAUACGCAUGCGAAGUACAGACUUUAAACAAAAAGUUAACUGGGGGUAAAGUAAUGAAAAGCUCCUCCUUCUCGUCUUACUCUUUCCUGCCACUCCGUCCUUUGCAGCGUGAGGACGGUCCAGAUUGGUGUCCAGUUGGGGAUCUGCGCCGUUUCUUUGUGCAUGUUUAACCUCGUGCCGCGGUGAGACCUUGCGUAACCACUAAUUGUCACUUUCAGUAAAGGAAAGUGACUUCGUAUUUGUUUGUCUUGCUGCUUUUCCUCCCAAAGAGUCCAGACUGUCACAGAAGUGUGCCAGAUGCCUUCUGAAGCUCCCCCCUGGUAUCCUGCUCUACCCCUGGUAGUUACAGAUGCUACGCCUGCUUACCCAAAUUUACUGUGAAGUCAUUGUGGGAAAUAAUACUUUGUUUAAAUUGUGUUGUAAAAAAAAAAAGCCGUGCAAUUGUU